GAAUUAUCAAUGCAUUGGUUGGUUUAGUAAAUGAUAUAUCCAAUAGUUUUUAUUGUCUUGGUAAAAUUGAAGUUUUAGAUAAAUCAUUUGCAAAAUUGGCAGAGCCCAUUGCGAUUAAAUCUUGGUUUGUCUGUAUUUGUUUGGAUAUUUACGAAAUCUUAUUCAAAAUUUGUCAAACGAUUGAAGAGGCCAAUUCAGAGGCCAAUUCAGAGGCAAAUUCAGAGGAAAAUUCAGAGGCAAAUCAGAGGCUAAUUCACAGGUUAUAUUGGUUAAAA